UAUUCGAAUUUGCCACUCCAAAAAGAAUGUUCAAUUGAUGUAGAAAAACAUAUAAAAUGUUGAUGUUGUCUUCUUCUUCUUCUUCUUCUUCUUCUUCUCCUUUCUUCCACGUUCCAACUCAUGUGAUACAACCAAGAAAGCAGCAGCAGCUACAAUUAUGGAAGGUUCCUCCAUUUCACCAAACCACUCUUCAAUCCAGCUUAUUAACUUGUGUGUAUCUUCCUUGUUCUUUGAGGAGAAACCUCCACAAAUGCUUCUUAGAGAGGCAGUCCCAAUCUGCUCAAGAAGAAGAAGAACAACAACAAGCAUUUGAAUUUGAACGCUUGUUCUCAAACCUUAACCAAGCCACUUUGAAGAGGGAACCUGGAAGCUUAUCUAGUGCAAUUUUCCUGGUUGCAGGCACCACGGUGGGUGCAGGGAUCCUUGCAAUUCCUGCAGUGACACAAGAAGCAGGCUUUUUAGCAUCUGCAGUUACUUGCAUUCUUUGUUGGAUAUUCAUGGUUGUGACAGGUUUGCUCAUCGCUGAAGUAAAUGUCAGAACCAUGUGUGAACUGGGUUCUGGUGGUGUAUCACUGGUAUCAAUGGCCAGAAGAACUUUAGGGACAGCAGGGGUUCAAAUUUCAUGUUGGUCAUACAUAUUCAUCCAUUAUGCCCUUCUUGUUGCCUAUGUGGCCCGUUCUUCAGAUAUCUUGACAAAUUUUCUUGGCAUUCCCAUGUACAAGCCACUAACUCUAUGGCUAAGUGCAACUUUAUUUUCAUUGAUUUCUGGAGGCAUAUGCUUCUUCGGAAGCCAGCGCUUUAUUGGUGCAGUUAAUGGGGUUCUAAUAUUUGGAAUCAUCAGCUCUUUUGCAGCUCUUGUGGCAGUUGCAAGUGGAGACAUUCAUUUGGAUGCUCUUCUGAAAGCCAACUUCCAAGCGGCUCCUAUGAGUAUACCCAUUAUUGCACUCUCAUUUGUUUACCAGAAUGUGGUACCUGUUCUUUGCACAAAUCUUGAAGGAGACUUGUCAAAAGUAAGGACUGCAAUAAUCCUAGGCACUGGUAUACCUCUUUCUCUGUUUCUCAUCUGGGAUGCUGUUAUCCUGGGAACUAUCAGUGACAAUGUAAUGGGUCUAGAUCCAUUACAACAAUUGCGAUCUACAAAUGGAACAGUUGGACCUAUAGUUGAGGUGUUCUCACUUCUAGCAAUUGCUACAUCUUACAUUGGAUUUGUUUUGGGUUUGUCAGACUUUCUUGCAGAUUUGCUGAAACUCCCAACAGGCCAGAACAGACCUCUGCCAUAUAUACUGACUCUAUGUCCACCACUAAUACUAUCAUUGUUAGACCCAGAAAUAUUUUUUAAAGCCUUGGACUUUGCUGGAACAUAUGGAGUGUUGGUGCUUUUCGGAGUUGUUCCAGCUGCAAUGUCCUGGUCUGAUAGGUACUCAAAUUCAUCUCCAUCUGCGAAACUACCUGACCUAGUUCCAGGAGGGAGGAUAACCCUACUACUCGUGCUUGGGGGUUCAGGAUGUGUAGUUCUUUCUGAAUUAAUUGAGAACUUGCAGCACCUUUGAAAAAUCCAUAUGGCUAUUUUCUUUCACUCUUUUGUUUCUGUUUUUAAUUAUUAUUGAAGCAUAUUUUACUGUGUAAGGUUAAGGAUGCACUUUGGAGAAAAGGGUCGUGUAUAUAUUAUUCCAUUUUGUUCCUUUGGACCCUCAAACCAUAUUCCUGUGCAGUGUUUUGU